CUCCAGGGAGCAGAGCAUGGAGGGAGACUUCCAAGUGUGCAGGAACUGCAGAAGAAGUGUGGCCUCUGCCCACUUCACCCUCCACGAGGCCCACUGCCUACGGUUCCUGGUCCUUUGCCCAGAGUGUGAGGAGCCCAUCCCACAGUCAAAGAUGAAGGAGCAUUUUGAAAAUGAGCACCAGCAGACCGAGGAACGCCAGCAAGACUCCAUCCAGUGCAAGUUCUGUGAGCUGACGGGGUCCCUGAAGGAGCUGCAGAUCCACGAGUCCCGCUGUGACAAGCAGACAGAGUGCUGCCUACACUGCGGCCAGUUCAUCAGGCUUCAGGUGCUAGCCCGGCACCAGGAAGUCUGUCCGGGUAGACAGGCUCAGCUUGGAAAAGGGAAGAGAAUUUCAGCUCCUGAAAGGAAGAUCCACCGUGAUUAUUACAACCAGAAGUAUUCAGAAAAUGAGUCCAUCCUCCAUAGGGGUAAGUGUUGUUCAGUCUCAGAGUCUGGGAAACAUCAUCCAUCUGGAAAGCCAAAAAUUCUUCCUCUGUCCCUUCCAAGUGAGACUGCUGGAAAUCAAACGUCCACCACUGAGAGAGAUGUUCGUCCAAAGACAAGAUAUAGAAACAAAUUUCCUCAUUUUCCUGAAAAUUCAACACAGAAAGCACAGAGAAACAAAAACAGAACCGUGAACCUGCCUUUGAAGGCUGAGCACAAGCCAAGGACUGCCUUUCCUACAGAAGAUGAGGCAGCCUAUGACAUUUUGAGGAUGUGUUCUCAGUGUGGUAUCCUACUUCCCCUUCCCACCCUAUGUCAACAUCAGGAGAAAUGCCUGCGGUUAGCUUCAUGGAAAGGAAAACAAGUGAGAAAGUCCAGCUAGAUUUGGAAAAGAGACAUAGGUUUACCCAAGGGAUACAAAUGACCAGGAAGAAAAAGGAUUCCAGUUCUUCUGGCUGAGCAUUCUGAUUAGUCAUCUGGACUCAACAGCUGGCAUG